ACUGAAUGAGAGUCUAUGAGAGCCUCUGAUAGCGUUCACAGCUUUCAUAAUACCCUUGAAUUGAAUGUAAAAACAUUUAAAUGACAGACAAUUGGUUUGCAUUUGGAUUAAUAUCACUGAAGAGAUAAUAUGGCGAUUCAUUUGCGGCUUUUCAGACAACUAUCGAUCGCGCAAAAUGUGGGAUCCAUUCGACAUAACUAUUCGUCGACUCGACCGGCGCUGAAGAUCGGAUCCAACACUAAAGUGAUUUGUCAGGGAAUCACUGGAAAACAGGGAACCUUUCACAGCAAACAAGCCAUAGAAUACGGCACUCGUAUGGUUGGAGGCGUCUCUCCCGGCAAAGGAGGACAAACACAUCUCAAUCUUCCCGUUUUCAAUACUGUCAAAGAGGCAGUGGAUAAGACGGGUGCGAACGCCACCAUAAUCUAUGUGCCGCCGCCGGCGGCCGCGAAGUCCAUACACGAGGCGUUGGACGCGGAAAUACCGUUAAUUGUUUGCAUAACCGAAGGUAUUCCACAGUUAGAUAUGGUUAAAGUGAAGAACAGACUCGUCCAUCAAAACAAGUGCCGUCUGAUUGGUCCCAAUUGUCCGGGCAUUAUAAAGCCCGGUGAGUGUAAGAUCGGUAUAAUGCCCGGACACAUACACUCUAAGGGCAAAAUCGGAAUCGUCUCCCGUUCCGGGACUCUCACCUACGAAGCCGUACACCAAACAACUCAAGUGGGUUUGGGUCAGUCUCUAUGCGUUGGCAUUGGAGGCGAUCCUUUCAAUGGAACCGAUUUUAUCGAUUGUCUCGAAAUCUUCUUGAAGGACAGCGAAACCAAAGGAAUUAUUUUAAUCGGAGAAAUCGGAGGAAACGCAGAGGAGUUGGCGGCCGAGUACUUGACGCAACACAAUUCUGGCCCCAACUCUAAGCCUGUGGUCUCAUUUAUCGCUGGUCUGACUGCACCGCCGGGUCGUCGUAUGGGUCACGCGGGAGCCAUCAUUGCGGGCGGAAAGGGUGGCGCACAGGCGAAGAUCGACGCCCUCGAGAGCGCUGGGGUGACUGUUUCGCGAUCGCCGGCACAGAUGGGCUCAUUCCUGCUCCAGGAGAUGAAGAAGCGCGGACUCGCGUAAUGAAUUUCAAUGAAUUAGACU